CCAGAGGUGGCGUUUGAGUGGGGAACCCCGGGGAACGCCCCUGUUGUCAAGGAACCCCCCUAACGUCAGGGAAACGCCCUAUAUCGCCCAAUUUCUUUGUUUUUGCGUUUUAGUCUUACCGUUUCUGUUUUGGCGUCCAUAUUAUCAUCUUACAUGAGUUCAUAGAUUUGUAAUAGUUCUGUCUAUAUGGAUGGUGAUUUAGAGAGAACCACGACUGAGAAAUUUAAUUAUGGAUUUUAAAUUGGAAGCUUUGCUACGGGAAUUUAAAGCCACAGAUAAUGAGAUACUCGACCAUAUCCCUUCGGCUACAGCCCCAUAUAAAGAAGGUUGGAGUGAUGAUCAUCUACGUGAACUACGAAUGAAAUAUAAAUUUCCAGAUGUGAUAUUUACAAGAGCAGAGCUGAAAAGGAUUUUGGCGAGAUUUUACGAUUUCUAUUUUUCGGGUACAAUAAGACCUGGUGAUUCCUUAGCCGCAACUGUAUGUGACGUGGUCGGACUAGCCACUACCUCAUAUGGCACAAUAUGGAACCCAUCCGUAGUAGGACGAGUGUUUUACAAACCAAACACCAGCCUAAAGGAAACUAUUAAUCAAGUGGAACCGAGAACAACUAUCCAGUUAAUCAUGCAAGCUACAGUGGUAACCACUGAACAACAAAAUAAAUAUGAAACCAAAAGAUUCAAAGAUCUAGUCAAAACUUUGCUUCACAAAAUUCAAGCAGAUGGAGUUGUCACCAAAGAUGAAACAACUUUUAUUCGAAUGUCUAGUUUCUUGGCGGUUUCUUUUUUCCGCGCAGCAAUCAAGAAUCAGACUCAAAUGACAAAUGCGUUUUUGAAAAAACAAUUUCGCCUCAAACUGGCCACAAUUACAGAUUGGUCCGCGAAAUUACCAUGGGCUCCACCGUGUGAAAGAUGCAUAAAAGAAAUAACAAGGGGUUUAAUCAAAGGGACGCCUUGUACCUCGGCGAUUUUUACAAUUCUCGCGCAUGAAUUUACAUUAACACAAAAAACAGAUUACAAGAAUCCGGGAGUGGCUGAGUUCCUCAAUGAAGCUGUACUGAUGCAUACGGCAAACAACGGUUUGGGCAUGAUCCAGAUGAUAGAACAAGUCACGGGGGUGUUAGAUUUAAACUGGAAAAUGUUGCGUGAUUACACCCUCUUGGACAAGACAUUGACUUCUUGGCGAACUAUAGACAAUUUUUACAAAACGUUCGCUUUAAAAGGUAGACUCCAGUAUGGUUACCGCUGGGCGAGGAUAAUUGAUGACGGAUACCUCAGAGGUUUUUCACCCAAAGAAAACAUGUUUUUGGCUGUGAUAUUCGCAGGAGUUCUGGAAAAAUGUCACGGGGAUGGCGUGUGGAGAGCUGAGUGGAUUAAAGGAAAGAUCGAAUUGUAUGCAAGUGCGAGACAUUACGGAAACACUUUAUAUCAGCGUUUGGACCAGCUCAAACUAGCAAAACAAUCUACUGUUGUCGAACCAGAUCAAAAUGGAGCUGAGGCGAUCUUGACAGAUUUAUUCAAGACUUCCGAGAAGUAAAUAACAACAGUUCUAGGUUCUAGUAAACCUGGCGGAUUAUUACGAAUAUCACGUUGAUUAUAUUACUACGAAUAUUAUAUUAACGUUGCUUAUGGUACGGCAUAAUAUUAUCACCUAGUUAUCUAACUAAUUAAUUAAUUGAUGUCCUUAACUAAUUGGCAUCAAUUUUUUUUUUAUUAAAAAAAAAA